AUGGACAGUAAUUUUACCGACUUUUACGCUAAUGAAUACCAAAUCACUUACAAUACAAUUGAUGUAAACACAAGUGAUGGUUAUUACAACAAGCAAUUCAUUGAGAUGUCAGCCAUAGGUUCGGGUGGUUUUGGGACUGUGUUUAAAGUAAAGCAUAGAUUGGAUGAUAAGAUAUAUGCUGUCAAAAAAGUACAAUUUGGGGAUUUAUCUGAAGAUAAGAAACAAAAAGUUGUAAAAGAAGUUAAAAGUUUGGCAAAACUUGAUUCAGAAUUUGUGGUCAAAUAUUACAACUCAUGGCUUGAGUCCAAUCAUCUCUUCAUUCAAAUGGAAUUUUGUUCGCAAAGUCUUCAAACACUUCUCACAGACAAACCCAUUGUCUUUCAGAGACAACCCGAAGACCAGAUGAAUACUUUCGAAGAACUUUUAGAAUGUGUCCAAUAUAUACACGAAUCGGUUCCACAAGUAAUUCAUCGGGAUCUCAAACCCGAUAAUAUAUUAAUUUACCCCAAAUUCACUUUUAAUCGUUUCAUAAAACUGUGUGACUUUGGUUUAGCCACCGAUCACGACAUUAAUAAGCAAACUGCGAGUAACGACCAUACGUUAGGUGUGGGCACUUUGCGAUAUAUAUCCCCCGAAGUGUUUCAUCGCAAGCAAUAUAACCACAAAACAGACAUUUAUAGUCUCGCACUUAUCGGUGAACAAAUCUUUAGUAUUGAUCCACAAAUUUCGCAUUCGUCUCAAGCAAUUGGAUCCGAGUUUAAUAAAUAUUAUGGUAAUCUAUACCAAACUUUGCAGUCAAUGUUGUCGAGUCCUGACUAUAACCAAAGACCUGAGUGUCGGGAAGUGUUGGCCAAACAUAACGAGUGGUCUAUUGAUAAGACUGUUGUCACAAAUCAUAAAGAAUUUAAUGAAUAUAUCUAA